CCCCCCCUGGAGAGCCUGGCCACCGUGGAGGAGACGGUGGUGCGGGACAAGGCGGUGGAGUCCCUGCGGGCGGUGUCCCACGAGCACACCCCACCCGACCUAGAAGGUCACUUCGUCCCCUUGGUGAAGCGCCUGGCGGGAGGCGACUGGUUCACCUCCCGCACCUCCGCUUGCGGCCUCUUCAGCGUCUGUUACCCGCGCGUCUCCAGCCCCGUCAAGGCCGAGCUGCGACAAUACUUCCGCAACCUCUGCUCGGACGACACCCCCAUGGUCCGUCGCGCCGCCGCUUCCAAAUUGGGUGAAUUCGCCAAAGUUUUGGAGCUGGAACACGUCAAGAGCGAGAUCAUCCCCAUGUUCUCCAACCUCGCCUCCGACGAGCAGGACUCGGUGCGGCUGUUGGCGGUGGAAGCCUGCGUCAGCAUCGCCCAGUUGCUGCCGCAGGAGGAACUGGAGGGGCUGGUGAUGCCGACGCUGCGGCAGGGGGGCCAGGAGUUCUGCGAGAACCUGUCCCCAGACUGCCGGGAGGCCGUCAUCAUGGGCCAGAUCCUGCCCUGCAUCAAG